AUUUUGCUUGGAUUGGCGCUUAUCCUGGUGUUAAAGUAAGAAAGCUUUGAUCGCAUUUUAUGGGCUUUCACAGAUCUGAAUAUUGAUUUCUACGAGGCCAUUGUCAGAUUGACAUGGAGGCCAAAAUUGCCAACUUUGAAGUCCCUACAAUCGAACAUGUAUCCCAACUACCAUUGGGUGCAAUGAAAACCAUUGGGACACAAAACUACUAUAAUGCUGCAGUUGCUGCAUUGUCUGUUGGUCUGGAUCUUGGAAUCAAUGAUGCAGCUAUCUAUUCAACUAUUGGGAACUUAAGAGCUCCACCUCAUCGCAUGGUAGUUGUUCACAAAGAUAGUCAUAGAAUAACCUGGGUGGAUGAUAGCAAGGCAACAAAUGUCGAUGCUAUGUACGCUGGAUUGAUGGUUCUUAAAGAACUAAAAGCAGUGGUUUUACUUGGCGGUCUGGCAAAGGCAUCCGACGUGCAAGGUUCUAAUGGUUUUGAGCAGCUGGUAGAACCGUUGAAGUACCACAGAGGCGUCAUCACUCUACGUCAUAUCCCUUUCUAUUAUCGUAUGAUGAUCCAAAACGCUCUAUCCUCUAAUGGUCUCAGCAUUCCUUGUGUAAGGGCCAGAGAUCUUAAGGACGCUGUGAGGUUAAUGAAGACUAUGGCAAAAACUGGUGACGCAAUUUUACUGAGUCCCGGCUGUGCUAGUUUUGAUGAAUUCAGAAAUUUUAAGCACAGGGGGGGAAUUCUUUCAGGAGCUUGCCUUCUCAAUUUAAGUGUUUCUAUUGGGAUAUUUUUGUGUUAUAAGCCGAAAAAUUAUAAAUUAUAAUCGAAUUAUUUUAAGCACCUUUUAAGCUUAGCAAAUCAUGGUCUUAA